AUGACUCAAGCUCCGCAAGGGGUCACCGUUGUCCUCGGCUCCCAGUGGGGAGACGAGGGCAAGGGCAAGCUCGUCGAUAUUCUCGCGGCGGACGCAGACGUCUGCGCCCGCUGCGCCGGCGGUAACAACGCCGGCCACACCAUUGUUGUCACCAACGACCAGGGCGAGAAGGUCAAGUACGCCUUUAACCUCCUUCCCUCGGGUCUGAUCAACACCAAGGUCACCGCCUUCAUCGGCUCGGGUGUUGUCGUCCACGUCCCCUCGCUCUUCAAGGAGCUGGACACGCUCGAGAGUAAGGGCCUCAAGGUGGCGAACCGCCUGCUCAUUUCGGACCGUGCCCACCUUGUCCUUGGUUUCCACCAGAUUGUCGAUGGCCUCAAGGAGAUCGAGCUCGGUGGCUCGUCCAUCGGCACCACCAGGAAGGGCAUCGGACCCGCUUACUCGUCCAAGGCGUCGCGCUCCGGUCUGCGUGUGCACCACCUGUUCGACCCCACCUUCCCCGAGAAGUUCCGCAAGCUCGUCGAGGGCCGCAUCAAGCGCUACGGCAACUUUGAGUUUGACACGGAGGGUGAGAUUAAGCAGAUGCUGGAGCUCGCCGAGCGUCUUCGCCCCCACGUAGUUGACGGCCCGACCUGGAUGCACCAGCAGCUUAGCUCUGGCAAGCGCGUCCUUGUCGAGGGUGCCAACGCGCUCAUGCUUGACAUCGACUACGGCACGUACCCCUUCGUGACCUCGUCGGCGACCACCAUCGGUGGUGUGUGCACUGGCCUCGGCAUCCCGCCGUUCGCCAUCAAGCGCGCCAUCGGUGUCGUCAAGGCGUACACGACCCGUGUCGGUGGUGGACCCUUCCCCACCGAGCAGCUCAACACCAUCGGCGAGACUCUCCAGGAGGUCGGCGCCGAGUACGGCACAGUCACUUCCCGUCGCCGUCGCUGCGGUUGGCUCGACCUCGUCGUGUGCCGCUACUCGACCUGGAUCAACGGCUACACCUCGCUCAACCUCACCAAGCUCGACGUCCUUGACGGCUUUGACGAGAUUAAGAUCGCCACUGGCUACAAGCUCGACGGCAAGCUCAUCGACGGCUUCCCCGCCGACCUCGACCGCCUCGCCGAGGUUGAGGUCGUCUACGAGACUUUCCCUGGCUGGAAGUCGGACAUCACUGAGUGCCGCACCUGGGACAGCCUUCCCGAGAACGCCCAGAAGUACGUCAAGUUCAUCGAGAACUACCUCGGCGUCAAGGUCCAGUACAUUGGUGUUGGCCCUGCUCGCGAGAGCACGGUCACUGUGUUCUAG